UCUUUAGUGGAAUGAAUGCAUGCGGUCCUCACAAGUAUAGAAACACAGCAACACCACCACAUACAGGAAGUUGUGUUUUGUGCUGCAGUCGUAGUUGUCCCGCCCCCCUGACUUCUGACGGGUCCGUUUGGUUUUCAUGUAACAGACACACACUCGCUCCACUUCUGCAGUCACAACAGGACUUGUAAACCAGCAGAGAUGGCAACGCUGAUGGAAGAGGAGGUAUUUAUGGCUUUCACCACCUACGCAACUAUCGUCCUUCUGAAGAUGUUGCUGAUGGCUCCCAUGACUGCAUACUUCCGCUUCAACAGGGGGGCUUUCGCUAAUGAGGAAGACGUGGCCUUAAAGCCUGCAGAGGAGAGGAAGAAGCUGUUCAGAACCCACCCGGAUGUAGAGCGGGUUCGAAGGUGCCACAUGAACGACCUGGAGAACAUCGUUCCCUUCGUGCUGAUCGGGCUGCUCUACGCUCUGACGGGCCCUGAGCUCUCAACCGCUCUGCUUCACUUCCGCUUCUUUACCGCCUGCCGGAUCUUCCACAGCAUCGCCUACGUCGGCGCUCUGCCUCAGCCCUGCAGGGCGCUGUCCUGGAUGCUGGGCCUGCUGGUCACCUUCUCCAUGGCCUACAGGGUGCUCGGCAAGGUUCUCGUCCUUUAGAGACAAUACUGGUCCAGCAGCUUCUGCACAAGCUCACAUUCCUGCGAGAGGCUAUGUUUUUUUACAGCUAUCUAUGAGCUUGAUUAUUAAACAUAAUUUGUACUUCAUCUUUGCAUUCCCUGGAACUAUUGCCUCAGAUGGAACCUUUAUUUUGAAUACACUUCUCUAUCAGCUUUGUGUCUGGGUGAUAACUUCUCAAGGUGACUUCCUAAGCUCGGUGGUAAAACUCCAAUGCAACUGAAUGAUUUAAAGUACAGGUGUUAAAUCUGGUAGUGGCCAAGAAGGUCAUUCAUAUAAAAUGUUUUCAAAGUAAAAUCCACCCAGUUAGUUGGAACACAACAGCCUGUCUGAUGCAAUAUUCAGACGUUAAUGUGACUUGUUGAAAUGAACCAGUGUAUCUGUACGUCUGAGGCUGUAGCUAUGAGGAAGUGGUAUUUCAGGUCAGGGGUGCUCCCACCGAUUACGCAACGCCAGGAUAAAUUCCACACAUCCUGAUCUUUGGACUUGCUUUUUGCUUUUAAUGAUUGUGCAAAAAUCCCAACUACAACAAAUAAAAUGGAACUACUCUUGCCUAUCA